UCCGUGUUUUCUUCUCAUUUUCGGAACUUUUUUUUUUUUAACUUUUUAAAUCUACUCUUGUCGGAAUGUAACGGCUGUUGUUUUUGGAAAGAUCAUGAAGACGCUGUUGGAGGAGUGAAGCUGUUGGACUGUUGUCAUCACUCACAAGAAAAGAGUUCGUCAUAUUAAUUAUAAAUGACGACGAGGAUGAACGGAUGAUGCGGGUGUUUGCUGCUCCGCUGCUGUCACCGCUGUUUGUUUGUUUGUUUGUUUGUGAGAAGAAGAGAAAAGAAGUGAACGAUGAUUUCAGAGGAGAGAAGCAGCCACGUCCAUAAACAGGCUCUGAACUUUCCUGUGGGAUUAAUCAUCCGUUCACCAAAGAAGAGGCUGCAGGAGAAGCUGAGCAGGAAGCCCAGCAGUGGAUCAGUGCAGUCCAACACCUCGGACAACACCGUGCGCCCCGCGGAGAACGCCGGCGUCCGGCAGCCGGCCAAGAGCAAAAUCCGCCGCCACAACAACAACAGGCUGUCCAAUGUUUUCAACCAGAGCCCAAACCUGCGGGACGGCGGUGGACAGCGCGGCCAGGCGCAAGGCAGCGGGAAUCUGGCCGGAGACCUCCAGACUGCGGACGACCCGGCCGAGCUCUCCGCCCAAAAGUCUGUCCCCGGCAUCCUGAAGAUCUUUGGCAGCGACAUCUGUCAGGGGACGAACUACAAGAGCGUGUUGGCCACCGCUCAGUCCUGUGCCAAGGAGCUGGUGAAGGAGGCGCUAGAGAGGUACUGUCUGGAAAAGGAGGAGCCCAGCGACUAUGUGCUCUGCGACGUGAUUGGCCGGACGGACUCGGAUAACCAGUGGAGGAGGGAGUGUUUUCGGGUGGUGGCGGACAGCGAGAGGCCCCUGAUGCUGCAGUCGCUCUGGAAACCCAAGGACGGCUUCUCCCGGCGCUUUGAAAUCCAGCAGAGGGCGAACGUGGAAGAGCAGAGUUUGAAGGACAGGGACACAAUCACGGCAGGCAUCAAUGCUCAGGCUCGCAGGCUGCAGAAGAGCCGCUCCAGGGUCACGUCGCUGUUCGUGGACGGCAGCGGCGGGGGCGACGACGCGGACGCACUCGGCAUCUGGAGGAGCUUGAGCGAGAUGGACCUGCCCGCCAUGGGGAAGGAGGCCGGCCGGGCGAGACAGAGCGCGCUCAGGGAAGAUGCUGAGGCCGAGGCGGACAAGGAGGUGCUACGGCUGGGCAUGGAGAAGGAGGAGACGGAGAGCAGCGACGACAACGCCACCCAGUACUCCAUCCACCCGCCAUUCGACUUCCCCUACUUCCUGCUGCUGCAGGGCUACAGCCACAGACAGGAUUUCGUCAUCUACCUGAUGAGCGGGACAUCCACCAUCUUCGGCUGCUGCCGGGAGCACAGCAACGGCGAGGACGAGGAGAGGUUAAAGGUCGACAUCCUCCUCUUCGCCCCCGACGUGCUGCCUCAGCACUGCUGCGUCCGGCGCUCCGACUCGUCGUCGUCGACCGUGCUGAAGCCGCUGCACGGCGCUCCUGUGACCAGAAACGGCUUCCUCCUCAGGGAGGAGGAGGAGCUGAACCCGGGGGACCUGGUGGGUUUGGGGAAACACUAUCUGUUCAUGUUCAAGGAUCCGACCAGCGCUCCUGGAUCCGCGCAGACUCCUCCAUGGAUGGCCAGACUGUGGCCGCACUGCGACGCGUCCUCCUCGCCGUGUUCGUCGUGUGGCUCCUCCGUCGCCAUGGCAGCGAAAAGGCCCGGGAGGACGCCGCCGCCGCCGCCUCGGUGGAGGGACCUGGAAGGCACUGAGGCGACGCUCGACUACGAGCUGGAGCAGGAGAAACGAGUCGUGCGGGAGAUUCUGGACAUGACGGACCCCAGCGGGAACCAACCCAAGAUGACGCCCGCGUUCCUGCUGAGCCUGUGCAUCCAACACUCGGCCCUCAGCUUCCCGCUGACGCACUUCAGACAACUGCUGCUCCGCAUAUCCAGUCAGAUCCAACUCCUCAUGUGGGACAAAACAAAGGAGCUGGCGGCGAUCCAGCCUGAAACUGACCGGGAGUGUGAUCAUCUCAGCACAAACGAGCUGAUCCCAGGUCUGCAGCCGCUGGUGCUGUGGAUGGCCAACUCCAUCGAACUGCUGCACUUCAUCCAGCAUGAAGUCCCUCAGCUGCUGCCCUGGAGGCAGGAGCAGGAGGACGAAGGUCUGUUGGACUCUGAGAUUUCGUCCACACGGUCAGCGUGCGAGGAGGCCAUGACAGUCCUAGAGGAAGUCAUCAUGUUCACCUUCCAGCAGUCGGUGUACUAUCUAACAAAGAGCAUGUACUCGGCACUUCCUGGUCUGCUGGACGGGAACCCGUUCUCGGAGAGCGGUCGGCUGCGAGCGCCCGACGGACUGGGCAGUACCCUGGAGGUGCUGAAGGAGGCGCUGAAGCUUCUCACGGCCUUCCAGGUGCACCCGGACAUCUCGCUGCAGCUCUGCGCCUACCUGUUCUUCUUCAUCAACGCGUCGCUCUUCAACGCCCUCAUGGACAGAGGAUCUGUUCCCGGGUUCUACCAGUGGUCCCGAGGCGUUCAGAUUCGGGCCAACCUGGACCUCAUGAUGGACUGGAUCCAGAGCAUCGGACUGGGCGACCUGUCCACCGAGUACUUCCAGAAACUGUCGGCUGCUGUCAAUCUGCUGGCCACGCCCAAAGAAACGCUCCUACAGGCGUCGUGGUCGUCUCUCAGGACCGAGUUUGCUUCGCUGAAUCCAGCUCAGCUUCAUCACAUGCUGAGGGAAUAUAACUGCGGCAAAGUCUGUCCCAGUGGCUGGACGCCGUCCCCAGAGGACGCUCAGGACGCCGUCAGGACGGGUGAAAUCCUGCAGAGCUUCGACAGCCACCCGCCGCUCAUCUUGCCCGCCACCACCUUUCACCUGGAGCUCGGUAAAGCCAUCGCGGAGCCGGCGUUGUUCGAGCAGCUCGGCCGCCUGCAGGAGUUCAUCCGCCGCCUCCCGCGCAGUGAAACCCAAGACGCGGAGGAUCAGGUCCUCAACGUGGCGAGCUCACGCAGCCAAUCUACGAGCUCAGCAGUCUACCAGGAUCCGGUUGUGUCUGACCCGGUGACCCGCCGCUCCCCCUCAGCAGACCUGGACCCCACCCCCUCAGCAGAGCCCGCGGUUCAGGUCCACGGGUCUCACGGUGACCUGAGUGGCUGCGAGGCUGUCCUGACCCAGAAGCUGAAGAGCCUGGAGUUUCAGAACACCCUCCCAGGACAGGAUGACAUGGGUGGCUACCACAAGAGCCUGGCGCUGGACCCGUCCUGCCUGCUCACGCCGCCCAACACGCCGCAGGGUCUGGAUCUGGCCGAGCUGGAGGCGAAUCUGCAGGAGGGAGCGCGCCGAGAAAAGAAAGUGAGUGGACGUUCUGAGAGGAAGACGAUAAAUGUGGAGGACGAAGAAGAAGACAGAGAGGAAGUCUUCAUGGUGGAGCUUCAGCGAGGACCUCAUGGUCUCGGGCUGGCGCUCGUCGACGGAACGAAAACCCCGUUGAAAAUGAGUGGGAUUUACGUGAAGUCGGUGGUUCCUGGUUCUCCUGCUGCUCAGUGUCACAAGCUGAGGACGGGCGAUCGCAUCCUGGCUGUGAACGGCAUCAGUCUGGUCGGCAUGGACUACAGCGUAGGCAGAGAACUGAUCUGGACGUCGGGACAUUUGCUCCGGCUGCUCGUCGCUAAGAUCGACUCCACGACGACGAGCGGCAGAGUCUCCACUAAAUGUUGAAGGAAAGACAAAAAGGACACAAGGACAUGAGGACACAAGGUCGUCCUUCCUGCUGCAUCCAAAGUCAGUAUUUCUCACAGGAGGGGAUUCUCCCGACCAAAGCAAAACACUCCCUGUGUGUGUGUGUGUGUGUGUGUGUGCGUGUGUGUGUGUGUGUGUGUGUGUGAAGCAGCAGGACUGACUCUUUGUGCUUGAACCAAACGUUUUUUUCCGCUGUCGCAGCUUCUUCCUCUGGUCCAUAAACAAAACCUGCGAUAAACAGAAGAAAAUGUGUGUGUGUGUUUGUCUGAGGAGCUGCUGCUGCUGCAGGA